GCUGACUGGAGGACUGCCAGCACCAACGUCUCCUUCUUUGAGAGCUUCUGCUCGACGGGCCAGCACACUUUCAACGCCAGCAGGGAAACGUGCACGGUGACACUGACCUCCCGCGAGCCCCGCUCCCAGCACUGGGCCGUGCGGGCGGUCGUGCACCUCCCUUUGGACCCUGAAAAAGUCCUUGAGGAGCUGAAGGAGAAGGACAAAUUAGAGGAGCUCGGCAUCGCCAACAUCACCUAUGACAAAAUGGAGAGGGAGAUGGUAAUCAACGAUGAGUUCAGCACGCCCCUGAUCAUCACCAUUGUCACCCUGGCUGGCUCCCUGCUGCUGAUCGCGGCCAUCUAUGGCUGCUGCCACCAGCGCUUCUCCCAAAAAAAGGACCAGCACAUCCACCCUGAUCUCCCCGGGUUUGAUGAUGGACAUGUGGCCCUGAUCUUUAAUCAGCGCCUGACCGAGGAGCUGCAAACGAUGGAGAACGGCUACCACGAUAACCCCACGCUGGAGGUGAUGGAGACCUCCUCUGAAAUGCAGGAGAAGAAGGUGAACCUUAACGGUGAGCUGGGAGACAGCUGGAUCGUUCCUCUCGACACCCUCAUGAAGGAAGACCUGGAGGAAGAGGAGGACACGCAUUUAUAG